CCUGGAAAUCCACAAUUUCGUUGCCAUUAACAGCUGACCCGAUUUAGCAGGCGGUCUGGCAUCCGGAUCGGGCUACCUCGGGGCUUCCCCAGGCAAAUGCUCUUGUAACUUACCCCACUUUGCAUACCGCGAACGUUACGUUAAAAUUGCGAGAAUCUGCCCGCAAAGAAACAUUCCAAAAUCAGAUUGAAACGCGCAUUUUGCGGAUUGCGUUGCCAGGGAGUAUCAACACCAAGUACUUCAUCUCACUACGACUCUCUACAACUGCGAAUAGCUUCAACAAUGCCAGAAUUAGCCGACGAGCUCUCCUUCCAGGAGGUGCGCGCGCAAUUCAAUGAAUUCAAUAAUCCGCGCUACAAACAGCCGCGGAUGACCUGUCACUGGUGCCGAAAGGAGACGAAUAGCAACAUCACCAGGCUCAGGGCGCAUCUCAAAGACUGCGUUCGCUUCCAAGAGACGCAAGAACCACGACAGUUCAGCCCGUCCAUGCUGCCUCCUCCACUUCCACCCCAGCCCACGCUUAGCCAACGGGAACCUCGAUUUGUGCCCGACUGGGGCACGUCACUCUACAACAAGGGCCGGGGCGAUCCCGAAGGCGGCCCCCCUCGUAGUGACCGAGAACUUGAGCUCAUAGCGGAAGUCCAAGCCAAGGAUCAGCGGAUCGCAGCACUCGAGCUCGAGAGGAAGAAGCUUAAGGAGCUGCUAGCCGACUACCGCCGAAGGGAGGGGGAUAGAAGCCUCGUGGCCCCUGAAGUCGCUCAUCGGCGUGCAGCGGUCGCUGGACCCCCCAACGGCACAACAGCAGCCUUCGGUCAACGCAGCGCCAGCUUCCCGGACCCUCCAAUCUUCUACAACGACAAGGACCGCGAUACGGUCACGUUCGAGAUGUGGUUCAGGCAGACCACCAGCAAGCUGAAGUACAACGCAGACCACUACCCCGACGACGGGGCGAAGCAGGCGUACAUUGAGAGCCGCCUCGGCCCCAAGGCCUUCGAGCUCGUGGCUCCAUUUCUGCGCGAAACCCACGAGGAACCCGUCACGUCGUCGCGGGAGCUCUUGGACCUUCUGUCUUCCUGUUUUGCUUCCUACCCGGACCUACCUAGCGAUGGAUAAGGUACUUGUCCUGCUUAGAUGAGCACGUAGCUGCAUUCUCAUGUACAGUAUAGUAGAUCCGUAAAGCAUCGCGCAACCAUGGCGCACUUUGCUGAGAUGGAGCGGCUCUGGCAUACUGGCCUCUUCUGCUUAUGAGACAGCCUGAUCUUUCGGCGAAUCUGUCUGAUGGUACUGGAUCUGCACAGACAGGAAGCCAU